GAUUCGGGUUCUUCUUCUGUCACCAGAGACGGAGGACAGACUUCAAUGAAUAUAGCUUCGAGGAUUCGACGAAGUUUCUUCAGAGAGGAGAAGAGGAAACUUCCUAUUGUAAAUGGAUCAUCGAGCAGGAACGAAGAUGAUUUGCUAGGAGUGACUGAUGAAUUGAUCGAUCACGUCAGAUCUUUCACCAUUGACACGUUUAAGAACUUCUCUCUCUACGACGAAGAAGCGUGUGUAAAUCCUUUGGAAGAAGAUGAAGAAUACAAUGGAGUGAGCUCCUCUGAGAAUGUGAAGAAGGAUUUGUCUGACUGGCAGGAGAGACACGCCGUUCUCGUCUUGUCCAAAUCCAAGGAACUCUCACAGCUGAGAUUUAAGUUAUGCCCACGUCUCUUAAAGGAAGAUCACUUUUGGAAGAUAUACUUCAAACUUGUCAGGAACCUUGUUGCAAAAUAUGAGGUGCAAGCAAUCCAACAGGCAAUAAUCACAAGUAUGGCCAUGGAAGCUUCUGAAAUCAAAGGUGUUUAUGAAGUUGAAAUGUCAGAAACCAGGCCAAAUUUGACUAGUACCGGCGGACCUGCAACUCCAUGAAAGCUUAGUAGCUUAAGACAGGUGUUGUAACUUACAGACUAGUAAACUCUUGCUGUUGUAAUCUAAGGCUGCACUUAUUCUAAACACGUAGAUUUUUUUGCUUUUUACAGCUUAUUAGACGGGUUCAGUAACGAAAACCAAUAUAUACUGAAUCAGCACCGCUUGAUCGGUUAAAUAUUA